CCCGGCCCCGGCCCCCCUCCCUCCGGGCAGCGCUCGCCUCCCUCCGCCUCAGACUGUUUUGGUAGCAACGGCAACGGCGGCGGCGCGUCCCUGCCCGGCUCCCGGCGGCUCCUCGGUUUCAGCGGGCCUCCCCGCCCCUUCGUCGUUCUCCUUCUCCCUCUCGCCGGCCCGGGCGCCCCCCCGGCCGCGCCAUCCCGCGCCUCCCCGCUCGGCGCCCGCGCGUCCCCGCCGCGCUCCGGCGUCUCUUCGGCGCGCCCGGCUCCCGGCUGUCCCCGCCCGGCGUGCGGGCCGGUGUAUGGGCCUCUCACCAUGUCGCUGAAGCCCCAGCAGCAGCAGCAGCAGCAGCAGCAGCAGCAGCCGCCCGCGGCUGCCAAUGCCCGUAAGCCCGGCGGCAGCGGCGGCCUUCUCACGUCGCCCGCCACCGCGCCGUCGCCGUCCUCAAUCUCGUCGUCUUCGGCAGUGGCUUCCUCCUCCUCGGUGGCGGCGGCGAGCGCAGGCGGCGGGCGGCCCGGCCUGGGCAGAGGUCGAAACAGCAAAGGACUGCCUCAAUCUACGAUUUCUUUUGAUGGAAUCUAUGCAAAUAUGAGGAUGGUUCAUAUACUUACAUCAGUUGUUGGAUCCAAAUGUGAAGUACAAGUGAAAAACGGAGGUAUAUAUGAAGGAGUUUUUAAAACCUACAGUCCUAAGUGUGAUUUGGUACUUGAUGCUGCACAUGAGAAAAGUAUGGAAUCCAGUUCGGGGCCAAAACGUGAAGAAAUAAUGGAGAGUAUUUUGUUCAAGUGUUCAGACUUUGUUGUGGUACAGUUUAAAGACAUGGACUCCAGUUAUGCAAGAAGAGACGCUUUUACUGACUCUGCUAUCAGUGCUAAAGUGAAUGGUGAACACAAAGAGAAGGACCUGGAGCCCUGGGAUGCAGGUGAACUCACUACCAGUGAGGAACUGGAGGCUUUGGAAAACGACGUAUCUAAUGGAUGGGAUCCCAAUGAUAUGUUUCGAUAUAAUGAAGAAAAUUAUGGUGUAGUGUCUACAUAUGAUAGCAGUUUAUCUUCAUAUACGGUACCCUUAGAAAGGGAUAACUCAGAAGAAUUUUUAAAACGAGAAGCAAGGGCAAACCAGUUAGCAGAAGAAAUUGAAUCAAGUGCCCAGUACAAAGCCCGAGUGGCCCUGGAAAAUGAUGAUAGGAGUGAAGAAGAAAAAUACACAGCAGUUCAGAGAAAUUCGAGUGAACGUGAGGGCCACGGCAUAAACACUAGGGAAAAUAAAUAUAUUCCUCCUGGACAAAGAAACAGAGAAGUCAUAUCCUGGGGAAGUGGGAGACAGAAUUCACCGCGUAUGGGCCAGCCUGGAUCGGGCUCCAUGCCGUCAAGAUCCACCUCUCACACUUCAGAUUUCAACCCGAAUUCUGGUUCAGACCAAAGAGUAGUUAAUGGAGUUUUUAUACUUUCCUUCAUAUCAUUUGUUCUGUCAGGUGUUCCCUGGCCAUCGCCUUGCCCAUCUCCUUCCUCUCGCCCACCUUCUCGCUACCAGUCAGGUCCCAACUCUCUUCCACCUCGGGCAGCCACCCCUACACGGCCGCCCUCCAGGCCCCCCUCGCGGCCAUCCAGACCCCCGUCUCACCCCUCUGCUCAUGGUUCUCCAGCUCCUGUCUCUACUAUGCCUAAACGCAUGUCUUCAGAAGGGCCUCCGAGGAUGUCCCCAAAGGCCCAGCGACACCCUCGAAAUCACAGAGUUUCUGCUGGGAGGGGUUCCAUUUCCAGUGGCCUAGAAUUUGUAUCCCAUACUCCACCAAGUGAAGCAGCUGCUCCUCCAGCAGCAAGGACCAGUCCUGCGGGGGGCACAUGGUCAUCAGUGGUCAGCGGGGUUCCAAGAUUAUCCCCUAAAACUCACAGACCCAGGUCUCCCAGACAGAACAGUAUUGGAAAUACUCCUCCUGGGCCAGUUCUUGGUUCUCCCCAAGCUGGUAUUAUUCCAGCUGAAGCUGUUGCUAUGCCUGUUCCAGCUGCAUCUCCCACGCCUGCCAGUCCUGCAUCCAAUAGAGCUGUUACCCCAUCUAUCGAGGCUAAGGAUUCCAGGCUUCAAGAUCAGAGGCAGAAUUCUCCUGCAGGGAAUAAAGAAAAUAUGAAGCCCAGUGAAACAUCACCUAGCUUCUCAAAGACUGAAAAUAAAGGUAUAUCCCCAAUUGUUUCUGAACAUAGAAAACAGAUUGAUGACUUAAAGAAGUUUAAGAAUGAUUUUAGGUUACAGCCAAGUUCUACUUCUGAAUCUAUGGAUCAACUGCUAAACAAAAAUAGAGAGGGAGAAAAAUCAAGAGAUUUGGUCAAAGACAAAAUUGAACCAAAUGCUAAGGAUUCUUUCGUUGAAAAUAGCAGCAGCAAUUGCACCAGUGGCAGCAGCAAACCGAGCAGUCCCAGCAUUUCCCCUUCAGUCCUCAGUAAUGCGGAGCACAAGAGGGGACCUGAGGUCACAUCCCAAGGGGUUCAGACUUCCAGUCCGGGAUGCAAACAAGAUAAAGAUGAUAAAGAGGAGAAGAAAGAUGCAGCUGAGCAAGUGAGAAAAUCAACACUGAAUCCUAAUGCAAAGGAGUUUAACCCUCGUUCCUUUUCUCAGCCAAAGCCUUCUACCACCCCAACUUCACCUCGUCCUCAAGCACAACCUAGCCCAUCUAUGGUGGGUCAUCAGCAGCCAGCUCCAGUUUAUACUCAGCCUGUCUGCUUUGCACCAAACAUGAUGUAUCCAGUCCCAGUGAGCCCAGGCGUGCAACCUUUAUACCCUAUACCUAUGACGCCCAUGCCAGUGAAUCAAGCCAAGACAUAUAGAGCAGGUAAAGUACCAAAUAUGCCCCAACAGCGGCAAGACCAGCAUCAUCAGAGCACCAUGAUGCACCCAGCCUCAGCAGCAGGCCCACCGAUUGUGGCCACCCCACCAGCUUAUUCCACACAAUAUGUUGCCUAUAGUCCUCAGCAGUUUCCAAAUCAGCCUCUUGUUCAGCAUGUGCCACAUUAUCAGUCUCAGCAUCCUCAUGUCUAUAGUCCUGUAAUACAGGGUAAUGCUAGAAUGAUGGCACCACCAGCACAUGCCCAGCCUGGUUUAGUGUCUUCUUCAGCAACUCAGUACGGGGCUCAUGAGCAGACGCAUGCGAUGUAUGCAUGCCCCAAAUUACCAUACAACAAGGAGACAAGCCCUUCUUUCUACUUUGCCAUUUCCACUGGCUCCCUUGCUCAGCAGUAUGCGCACCCUAAUGCUACCCUGCACCCACAUACUCCACAUCCUCAGCCUUCAGCUACCCCCACCGGACAGCAGCAAAGCCAACAUGGUGGAAGUCAUCCUGCACCCAGUCCGGUUCAGCACCAUCAGCACCAGGCCGCCCAGGCGCUCCAUCUGGCCGGUCCACAGCAGCAGUCGGCCAUUUACCACGCGGGGCUCGCACCAACCCCACCUUCCAUGACCCCUGCCUCCAAUACGCAAUCGCCACAGAAUAGUUUCCCAACAGCACAACAGACCGUCUUUACGAUUCAUCCUUCUCACGUUCAGCCGGCAUACACCAAUCCUCCCCACAUGGCCCACGUACCUCAGUUCUGGUUCAAGGUAUCUCUAGAAAAAGACAAGACUGAGACAUUCUCUUUGGUGGAUAAAGGUCCGCUCCAGAAGGAGGAAGGCUGGCCAGAGCUGGGCAGCACUGAGAUCCCACAUCCUCAGCCUGACGCUGGUUCUAAAUGAUCAAAGGCAGAAGAUUUAUACCAGAUAAAGCCAUAUGGAUUGCUGGUCUAAAAUUCAAGGCAGGUUAGUUGACUUAAUUCUUUGGUGCUGGUGACUAUUAGUUUGUAAAAGUUGAUUCAAGACGGAAGAAUGAAGUGAUGGUGCUGGGAGCAGUCAGGCUAUCCUUGUUGUUUGUAAUUGGAGAUAACUGGAGGGUCAUGAUGCUUACCGUCCUUUUGGCACUCAGAGCCUGGGCUCCCGGUAGGGGCUGUUGGUUCCUUGCUGCCAGCAGCGGUCACACUGGGGCCAGGAGGAGGAGGGUGGUGGGAUAUGCUGUGACCACGAUGGGCUGGUGGGGACAUUGCCUCAUUGGCUGUGAAGGCAUCAAGCCCGGGGAGCCUUUCCCUCGAGCUGAACCUGCUCUAGCAGAAAGUAAAGGCAUUGGCUCAGUGUCACUUCUUCCCAGGCCAUGAGGGGGCUUUUUUUUUUCAGGAGGUAUUUGAGCUGUCCUGGCAACUCAGACAUGUUUAAAAAGGAAACGUUUUCCUUGAACACUUUACACCGAAUCUGGAGGUGGGUGACUCCCAAUUAUCUGUCACGGAGUCUGAUCUUGUCCUUUGUAGCCAGUGCCUCAGAGCUGCUGGUUGGCUGUGCCUGGCUUGCCUCCUGGCAUUAACCUGAGAAUUGUAUGGUGAGAAGCUAAGGAGUGAGUGCCCCUGCCUUAAAGAGGUCACAUCCCAGAUGUUGACACUUCUGGCUACAGGGAGGGGAAAAACUUGGGUUAUUGGCUACUUGGCCCCUUUCCUGUGCAGACAAGGGGAAAAUCUGUACCAGUGACUUGUCAGCAUUGACUUUCUAGAAUGAGCUUUCUCUUUUAAAAGAGAAAUAGGAACAGUGCUUACUUUUCUGGAUCACACCUCACUUAGCACUCAUUACUUAGAGAAACCUGCCUUGUGUAGAAAAGGAAAGAAAAGUGUCCUUAGAAAAAGACCACCAAUUUGGAUCAGGAAUGGAUCUGCUUUGCAAUCUGUGAAAACACUCAGGAGCAUUGGUUUUUAAAGUGGUGAAGAGGGGACUGCUUCCUCCCCCCCCCCAUUUUUUUUUUUUUUUUUUUUUUUUUUUAACAGAAGUCUGACCUCUGGGAGAAUGGCUGGAGGGAGCAAACCAAACCCUCACCCCAGAUAAGGCAGGCAGUAGUUAGUCGUAGGCCAGGGUUUAAAUUUGGUUUCUGAGUGAUGUGUCUAUAAAUGUUAAGUUGUGCUAAACUCUCAGUUUCCUAGAAGCCAGCCUGGUGACUGUGUCAAAUGGCUCUGCUGGCACCCAGAGCAGCUGGCUCCACUCUGUCACUGCCCCCUUGUUUCUGAGCCUCCGCCUGAAAGUUCUGGGAGGAGCCAGCCCCCCUGUGAAUUCUAUCCCUGGUGAAAAGCGAG